UUUUCCAAAUCUAAAGAAAACCAAUCACUAACUUCCUCCAUUCACUUCCUCUUCAUUUGUCAGAACUCUGCAAAUCUUAAAACAGACACUACAAAGAACUUACAAGAAUGUUUUAUUUUUCUCAUUUAAAUUAAAUUCUUGAUUUAAGGGCUUUUGGAUAUUUUUCAGUUGUAGUUCACUGUUGUGCUUUGCCCCUUUUUUCUUAAGACUUGUGUUUGUGUUCACAUUAGAAGGGGGAAAACACUGGAAGAGUUAAAAGAGUUCAAAACCCUUUUCUUGAUUUAUUGUUACCCUUCUUGGUAUGGAGCUAAAGAAGGAGAGGUUUGUAAGGUUCUACUCUGGUGAAGAACAACACGGUGGUUUUUUGGGAGGAAAAGCAGACAGUUCAAACCUAGAGAAGUCAUCUUCGGGAUAUAGAUAUUCGUCUCCUUUAUUGAACUCUGAUGGCAGAUAUAAAGUUACCGAUACCCUUAUGUUUGGGAGGUCUAAGGUGUAUCCUGAGGACCACAACAGGUCGUGGAGGAAGCGAAUACUUGAUCCGGGGAGUGACAUUGUAAUCCAGUGGAAUAGGAUUUUCAUUAUAUCUUGCUUGCUCGCUUUGUUUGUGGACCCGCUGUAUUUCUUUUUGCCCAUCAUACACGGAACUAAAGAGUCGAGUUGUGUGAAAUCAGAUUUGAAUUUGCGAAUUGUUGUCACCAUUUCCCGAACUAUAGCCGAUUUUUUCUAUCUAUUACAUGUGUUCAUUAAGUUCCGGACUGCUUAUAUUGCCCCAAAUACAAGGGUAUUCGGGAAGGGUGAGCUUGUCAUGGAUCCUAAAAAGAUUGCUCUCAGAUAUUUAAGAUCAGACUUUUUUGUUGAUCUGAUUGCAACCCUUCCUCUACCUCAGAUGGUUAUCUGGUUUAUUAUACCCGCGACAAGAAGCCAACAUGCUAAUCAUAACAAUAAUGCCCUUGCGCUGAUUGUCCUACUUCAGUAUGUUCCCAGAUUGUAUCUUAUAUUCCCAUUAAGUUCACAGAUUAUCAAAGCAACUGGAGUUGUGACAAAAACUGCUUGGGCAGGGGCUGCAUAUAAUCUACUUCUCUACAUGUUGGCCAGUCAUGUUAUUGGCGCAGCAUGGUAUUUGCUGUCAGUUGAUCGAUAUACUUCUUGCUGGAAAUCAAUAUGCCAAAAUGAAAACAGCUCUACGCAGUGUGUGCUGCGCUACUUGGAUUGUGAUACUUUUGACCAAAAUGCUCGUAAGAGUUGGGCAAAUAUCACUAAGGUAUUUGAAAGUUGUGAUCCCGAUGGGGAUAGUACUUUCAAAUAUGGAAUAUUUGAAAAUGCAGUUAAAAAAGAUGUUGUAUCCUCAAGGUUUAUGGCAAAGUACUUCUAUUGCUUGUGGUGGGGCUUACAACAACUGAGUUCUUAUGGGCAGAAUUUGUCAACGAGUACAUUUAUCGGGGAGACAUCCUUUGCUAUACUUAUUGCUAUUUUGGGUCUGGUUUUGUUCGCACACCUUAUUGGGAAUAUGCAGGUAAAUCAAAGGCUCUGCUGCUUUUCAUUCUCCCUCUAUACAAGCUUGUUUUGGUAGACCUUGUAAUUUGUUCUCUUGACUGUUUAUUAACAGCAUGAUCUUGGCUAACACUUUUAGACAAUUAUAAUUUCUGUUCUUGAUUUAAUAUGUGCAAGAUUCUGAUUGAUUGGUGAAUUUUCUGCAUGCUAUUCCUCUUUAUAGAUUUAUAUGCCAGUAGAAAAUGUAGAGAACUUCUAGAGUUAGAGAAACUAUUGUUAUUUUAUAAAUAUAAUGUUUGAUUCAUACCGGCUUACGACAUAGACGGUGAGGGUUCAUAUAGCGACCUCAACUUGCUUGGAAUGAACGUAGUUGUUGUUAUCUUCUUAAUAGUGUAGUAUAUUCUUCAAAACAUCUUCUACUUCUUAUGUCCCAAAUGGUAAACCUUGAGUUGUUCUUCAGUUGUUACUACGUAUGCUAUAAGCUUGUUCUCCCAUGUUGGGGACCUUAAUGUUGUGGGAGGUAAAAAUACCAAAAAUUGAGCAGAAGAUUUCAACAAAUAGCAUGUGUUAAAUCAUUUUUUACGGCAUUGUUUUUAUGCUGGAUGCUCAACCCAGCUUAAUUUUAAACUUUUUUUCGAAUUCGGCAUCGGUCAAAGAUAAUUAGGUGAAUUGGGGGCCUGAUAAAUUUCUAAAAUGUUGGGGGAACGUAUUAACAUUUGAAAAUAUCCCCCUUUUAUAUUUUCAAAUUUUAAUUUUUUGGUUCCUUCUCUUCUCUCUCUCUCUCUCUCUUC